UUUUGAUUCUUUUCAGCACCCAUCACUCUUAUAUCGAUCUUCUCUAAAUCCCUGAUUUGUAUAUAUCAUUCAUCUUCUCCGAUUCUCCCCUUAAAUAUCCCAGUAAUUAUUCACUUCUCAGUCCCCGCUCAAUCACUCUUGUUUUCUUUUUCUGUAUAUAUUAAUAAACACCCCUCCUAGAAAUCCCACCCUGUCUUCCUCGUUCUUCCUCAGAGUCCUCUGUUUUCUGUCAUCGAUACAGGACAAUAAUGGCUCCUCCCAGUUUGGGCAAAUCCUCCUUCAAUUUCACCAAGCACGUUAAUGGCUUCAACCCUUCGCCUUUCCAAGUAGUGGGGUCAAACCUGCUGGUCAACGACCACGUUGUCCUCUCCAAUGUGCCUGAAAACAUCACCGCCACUCCUUGUUCCUACACGUCCACCACCAAAUCCUUCUCCACCUCCGGCUGCUUCGUCGGCUUCGACGCUGCUGACGCAAGCAGCCGCCACGUCGUCCCCAUCGGAAAACUCAAGAACAUAAGGUUCAUGAGUAUUUUCAGGUUCAAAGUUUGGUGGACCACCCACUGGGUCGGCUCCAACGGUCGAGACCUAGAAACCGAGACCCAGAUGAUCCUGCUAGACAAGUCGGACUGUGGUCGGCCAUACGUCCUCAUACUCCCGAUCCUGGAGGGUCCGUUCCGGGCUUCCAUCCAACCGGGUCAAGACGACAACAUCGACGUCUGCGUCGAGAGCGGGUCCUCUCAGGUAUCGGGUGCCUCGUACCGCAGCGUCGUUUACCUGCAUGCCGGCGAAGACCCGUUCAAUUUAGUGAAGGAGGCGAUGAAGGUCGUGAGAGCCCAUCUCGGCACGUUCAAUCUCUUGGAGGAAAAAACCCCUCCUGGUAUCGUCGACAAGUUUGGCUGGUGCACGUGGGACGCAUUCUACCUUACGGUGCACCCUCAGGGCAUAUGGGAAGGCGUAAAGGGUCUAGUCGACGGCGGGUGUCCACCGGGGCUCGUCCUCAUCGACGACGGGUGGCAAUCCAUCUGUCACGACCGCGACCCAAUAACCAAAGAAGGCAUGAACCAUACCGUCGCCGGCGACCAAAUGCCGUGCAGGCUUAUUAAGUACGAAGAGAAUUAUAAGUUCAGAGACUAUGUGAGGCCAACCUCGGGUCGUUCCGAGGAGAAAGGUUUGGCCGCAUUCGUGAAAGAUCUGAAAGAUGAGUUUAAGACCGUUGACUACGUGUACGUGUGGCACGCUCUUUGUGGGUAUUGGGGUGGGCUGAGGCCCAACGUGCCGGGGCUGCCGGAGUGUGCGGUGGAGAAGCCCAAGUUGUCGCCGGGACUGGAGACGACAAUGGAGGAUCUGGCCGUCGACAAGAUCGUGAACAAUGGAGUGGGCCUGGUCCCCCCGCACCUGGUCGAUCAAAUGUACGAUGGGCUCCACUCACACUUGGAGGCCUCAGGGAUUGAUGGGGUCAAGGUCGAUGUCAUCCAUUUGUUGGAGAUGGUGUGUGAGAAAUACGGGGGGCGCGUUGAUUUGGCGAAAGCAUACUACAAGGCUCUCACAGCUUCAGUAAGAAAACAUUUCGGAGGCAACGGUGUGAUUGCUAGCAUGGAGCACUGUAACGAUUUUAUGUUACUUGGAACUGAAGCCAUAUCUCUUGGUCGUGUCGGGGAUGAUUUCUGGUGCACCGAUCCUUACGGUGAUCCGAACGGUACUUUUUGGCUGCAAGGAUGCCAUAUGGUGCACUGUGCUUACAACAGCUUGUGGAUGGGCAACUUCAUCCACCCGGAUUGGGACAUGUUUCAGUCGACGCAUCCCUGCGCCGCCUUCCACGCGGCGUCUCGAGCCAUCUCCGGUGGACCCAUCUACGUCAGCGACUCCGUCGGCAAGCACAACUUCGAUCUCCUCAAGACCCUCGUCCUCCCUGACGGCUCCAUCCUCAGGUGCCACCACUACGCUCUUCCCACUCGAGACUGUCUCUUCUCAGACCCUCUUCAUGAUGGCAAAACGAUGCUCAAGAUUUGGAAUCUCAACAAGUUCACUGGAGUUAUUGGGGUUUUUAACUGCCAAGGAGGAGGGUGGUUUCCUGAAACCAGAACCAACAAGUGUGCUGCUGAAUUUUCGCAUUCAGUGUCAACUAAGACGAAGCCUCUAGAUAUAGAGUGGAAGACUGGCGACGACCUCGGUGUUUCCAUUGAAGGAGAUCAAGUCUUUGCAGUGUAUUUCUACCAGACCAAGAAGGUUGUCCUGUCAAAGCCAUCUGAUACGGUGGAGAUUUCCCUAGAGCCCUUCAACUUCGAGCUCAUUACUGUUUCUCCUGUGACUGUCUUGUCUGCGAAGUCCGUGCAUUUUGCUCCGAUUGGUUUGGUGAACAUGCUUAACACUGGAGGGGCUAUCCAGUCCCUGGGUUUUAAUGAGGAUCAUCAGAGUGUCGCUGAAGUGGGAGUAAAAGGUGGUGGAGAGAUGAGAGUGUUUGCAUCAGAGAGACCACAAGCUUGCAGGAUUGAUGGGAAAGAAGUUGGAUUUGAAUAUGAAGAGGGCAUGGUUGUAAUUCAAUUACCAUGGCCUGGUUCUUCAAGAUCGUCCAUGGUUCAGUACAUAUUCUGAACAUAUGGGAUGUGAAAGUGAAGAAACACUGACUAUUAUUAUGAUUAUUUUAUUGUUUUCGUGGAUGAUUUUGAUAAGGGGGCUUUUUUAAUCCCUUGUCUAAGUGUUUGAUGACACUCUAGUUUUUACCUUUGAUGCAGAGGAGUGAACAAGUGAUUCGAGUAUUGUCUGUAAUCGGAGUGACUUUCGUGCUUGAUUUAAUAUAAUUUUGUCUUGUUUAAA